UUAGCUUUUAUAUCAACUUCCCUAGUAAUGCUUCAAGAAUAGAAACCAUUGGACCUUGAAGUCGUAACAGCAUCCAGUUUGUUAUCUGCAGAACAUAUCUUGCUCCCUGGUACCCUUUUUCGUAGCAGGAUGAUGGAAGUGGUGAACUGCUCGAACACAAGGUUGAUGGUCAUCUGUCUGGUCCUGCUUAUACCAUCUGCUUUUGCACAAGAAGGAUUUCUAAGUAUACAAUGUUGUGCUCCUGCAAACUUUACAGAGCCGAGUACCAACUUAAGUUGGAUUUCAGAUGAAACUUGGUUCCCUGAAAAUAAAAAUUGCAUAUCAAGGCAAGUCUACAAGAAUGCACAUUAUGAACGAGCUCGAUCUUUUAACUCAAAUAUUGGUAAUAAGUGGUGUUACAACUUGCCAACCAGGAAAGAUCAUGACUAUCUAGUAAGAGGUACAUUUUUUUCUGGAAGUCGAGAGAAGACUCUCCCACGCAGUUCUUUUGUUGUUUUGAUUGGUGUCACACCAAUAGCCACAGUAACCUCAUCUGAUGAACUUACGGUUGAGGGAAUUUUUAGAGCUACUAGAAACUAUACCAACUUCUGCCUAUUGAAAAAGAAUGGGAAUCCUUACAUUUCUAAGGUUGAGAUUAGACUGAUAAAUCCAGAUUAUCUGAAGAGGGAGCCUUCAGAAGUACUCAAACUUGUACAUAGAGUAGAUGCCGGAAAAAAGGGUGCCGAAACCAGGUACCCAUACGACCAGUAUGAUAGAAUUUGGAGACCAGCUUCAAAUCUAGAAUCACAAGUUACUCGCACAAAGCCAUCCAUUAUUAAGGAGGUCAUUGCAGAAACACACAGUUUGUUACCUCCUGCAUUUGUGUUACAAACAGCCCUCACCCAUCCAGAGAGAUUGAGCUUCCUGCAUGAAGACCUUGACACAGGAUAUUAUACUUACACUCUCUUCCUGUACUUUCUUGAGCCCAAUUACUCAGCGCAAGCUGGACAACGGGUGUUCGAUAUACACAUCAACAAUAAAAAGAGACUCAAGGUUGAUAUACUGGCUAGUGGUUCCAGAUACCUGAACGUAGUUCUGAAGUUCAGAGCAAAUAAGGUUGUCAACCUGACGAUGAUCAAGGCCUCAAAUCUAUCUCAUUUGGGACCCAUUUGUAAUGGUUAUGAGAUUUUAAAGACUAUUCCUCGGAUUAAAGAAACAGCCACGGAAGAAGUUGACAUAAUUGCGAAUGUGAAGAAGGAAUUUUUGCAAAACAACAAAAACAAUGAAAUACUGAAGAGUUGGUCAGGAGACCCUUGUCUUCCCCUUCCAUGGCCGGGGCUAACUUGUGAUCGAGUUAAUGGUACUUCAGUCAUCACUCAGAUGAAUCUCUCCUCCGGUGGCCUUACUGGACCAAGCCCUCCUAGCAUCCAAAAACUGAUGCACCUGAGGAAACUGGAUAUCAGCAAUAAUGGCUCUAGUGGAACAAACUCAUUCUUUACCUCAUCCUUCAUAUUCACUACAAGAUACUUAAGCAGCAGCAUUCAUAUCGGUAACAAGCUUUCUAAAGCCAUCAAAGAAUCUAAUAUUACAACAGACAAAGAGAUGGCUAAUGAUAAACAAAACUCAAGUUCAGCACAUAAACUUCUGAUAGGUGCAGCUGUAGCUUCAGCUCUCCUAGUGACCCUUGCAAUUGUUAUCUCUGUGGUUUGCCUCUACAAAAGACGAGUAAUGGCAGGGCCAAAAUUUCUUAUGAGAAAUUACUCAAUCACAAGGAAUGCAGUUUAUUCAGUACCAAGCACAGAAACUACCUUGCUGAAGUCAAUAUCCAUCAGGAACUUCAAGUUGGAAUAUAUAGAAGCUAUUACGCAGAACUACAAAACUUUGAUAGGUGAAGGUGGCUUUGGAUCCGUUUACCGUGGUAGCUUACCUGAUGGUGAAGAAGUGGCUGUAAAAGUCAGGUCAGCCACUUCGACUCAGGGAAUUCGAGAAUUCAAUAACGAGCUGAACCUUCUGUCUGCAAUUACGCACGAGAACCUGGUCCCUCUUCUUGGCUACUGCUGCGAGAAUGAACAGCAGAUUCUGGUUUAUCCCUUUAUGUCAAACGGCUCCCUACAGGAUCGGUUAUAUGGAGCCGCAGCAAAAAGGAAGACUCUAGACUGGCCAGCCAGACUUUCCAUUGCUUUAGGAGCAGCGAGAGGUUUGAUGUAUCUUCACACUUUCUCGGAGCGUUGUCUGAUCCAUAGGGAUGUCAAGUCAAGUAACAUACUCCUGGAUCAAAGCAUGUGUGCCAAGGUUGCUGAUUUUGGAUUUUCAAAAUACGCAUCUCAAGAAGGGGAUAGCGGUACUUCUUUAGAAGUAAGGGGGACUGCUGGGUACUUAGAUCCAGAGUACUACUCAACCCAGCGUCUAUCAGCAAAAAGUGAUGUCUUCAGCUUUGGAGUUGUCCUACUGGAAAUCCUAACAGGUCGAGAGCCACUCAACAUAAACAAGCCAAGGAAUGAGUGGAGCUUGGUUGAAUGGGCGAAACCUCUAAUAAGAAGCUCAAGAGUUGACGAAAUUGUGGAUCCUGCUAUCAAGGGAGGGUAUCAUGGUGAGGCACUAUGGAGAGUGGUAGAGGUGGCUUUGGCUUGCACCGAGACAUACUCCACUUACAGACCAUGCAUGGCAGACAUUGUAAGAGAGCUCGAGGAUGCAUUGAUAAUAGAAAACAAUGCAUCAGAAUACUUGAAGUCCCUAGAUAGCUUUGGAGGAUCAAAUCGUUUCUCUAUAGAAAGAUCCAUUGUCCUUCCACCCAUUAAAUCUCAAAUAGAACCAUCCAGUCUCCUCUCACAACCAGCCCCUCCACAACCAAGAUAAUUGUUUUAGAGGAAUGGACUUAAACUGACUACAAUAGAUAACAGAUUUCUUAGUAAAGUUCCUGGAGAGAUUUUGCAAUUUACUCCUCAAAUUUCUUUAACUUAAAUGUCAUCAAUUGUACAUUUUAGUAGAGAAGAUUUUAAUGAGUAUUGUAUCUUCCACUCUGAGCAUAGUACAAGGACAUGUACAUCGUGUUUGAGAAUCUAUUCUAGAAAUGUACUUGCCUAUAUUCAAAUUCAUAAUUCUUUUGCUAAUAUAAUAUAGGGAGGAAAAACUUCAGGUGAAGUGAACAAUUGUGAAGAAAUGCAAGGUCAAGAGUAGAAACUCCCUGAACUUCAUGAACCAGCAAAAGCAAUUAGCUUGACAGUUUUUUAGUGCUAUAAUAUAUUUGACUAUUUGAGAGAAGUGAAAUAUCUUUCCAUGUGAAGGCAGAAGAAAUGUUUAGUAUACUCUCUAAUAGGGGUAAUGCAAAUUCCAAACAAGUUCUGCUGCCCAUUACUCGAGUAGGUUUAAUAUUGUUGCGCAGACUCUCCAAAAAUGUAGUGGCAUCAGUAUUGAAUGAAUUCUUUAAAAAUUAGUACUACUUUUA